GAAUAUCUUCCACUGACAGAUAUGUGGUGUCUGCUGGCGUAGCCUGUUGUUAUACUAUGUUUACAUUUGCAGGGAAUUGUAAUUAGAAAUGGAUACAAAUAAUCAGGAUAGCAGUUCACAACGAAUUGAACUUUUUCUCCAGGAAAUUGAGGGCACUGAUGAAUACUGGGGAUCAACAUUUAGGUAAAUUGUGUUUGUGUUUCUGUGGUAGGGGUUAUACAGUGUAAGGUUUAUAAACGAUAUGUCAUGAAGCAAGGUGCUAAUUGUUUAGAGAGCUGAUUUUCACGUCACUGUAAAUCAUUUAGACACCGUCUCUCUACUUCGUCUGUAUUUGAAGGAAGGCGAAGAAACGUGUCGCGUACCUUCGUUCUUUAUCAACAGUCUACAGGUAUUUCAGAUGUCAUGGAUCCAUUAUCACGCAUAUCUCACACCAGCGUCGAUAUGCAGCCGAAACACGAGCAUCUCUUGUAUGAAUUGGAAACAACGGAUACUAGUAGUGUGGGACUGGUAAUAAGGGCAAUUUAUGAUGGAGAUGAACAUCAAAAAUUUAUGGAGCGCCUUGACGCUCGCAUCAAGAAUCAUGACAAAGACAUAGAACGAAUGUGUAACUACCAUUACCAGGGUUUCAUUGAUUCAAUUCGUGAAUUGUUACAAGUACGGUCACAAGCAAAGAAGCUACAUAGUGAAGUUGAGCAAUUGGAUAAAGACCUCCAAGAAUCAGCAAAGAAUAUAGUUGAGAAAGGAGAAGAACUAGUGAAAGCUAGGAAAGUUGAAAGUAACAUUGCAGCAGCCAUAGAAAAUCUCUCUCUGUGCCUGCCUGUUUUAACUGCAUAUUCAGAACUCCAAAAGAAAAUGAAGGAGAAGAGGUACUACCCUGCAUUAAAAACACUGGAGCAAUUAGAGCAUCUUUAUCUUCCCCAAGUGGCUAACUAUCGUUUCUCUCACCAGAUGCGUGAAAAUAUACCUGUGUUGAGGGAGAAUAUCAAGGAAGCUUCCAUGUCAGACCUGAAAGACUUUCUGGAGAACAUCAGAAAGUUUUCUCCAAAGAUAGGAGAAGUGGCAAUGAAGCAUACAGCUGAACAAAUGGGCAGCGAUCCAGGCGUUGUGGGAAGGAAGAAACGCAAAGCACCAGCACCUCCGAAUCCCUUCACAGGUGAAGUAGAUUAUGAACCACCAGCAGAAAGCAGUUAUGAUGCAGAAGAGGACCUCAGUGCACAGGACCUUAUAGAUUUCUCACCUGUGUAUCGCUGCCUGCAUAUCUACACAGUCUUAGGAUCACGUGAUACCUUUGAGACAUACUAUCGUAAACAGCGGAAGAAGCAAGCACGACUUGUUCUUCAGCCUCCAACUAACAUGCAUGAAACACUUGCCGGCUAUCGGGCAUACAUCCAUGGAAUUGUGGGAUUCUUCGUUGUAGAGGAUCAUGUUUUGAACACAGGGAAUGGUCUUGUGAAUCGAACGUAUCUGGAUGAGGUUUGGAAUAUGGCUCGAUCAAAGAUAAUCAAUACUCUGAAAACUCAUUCAGCCUACUGCACUGAUGCUGCUCUGAUGCUGAAAAUAAAGAACCUGAUUAUGCUUUUCAGCACCACUCUGAGGAAUUAUGGAUAUUCUGUGAAUCAGUUGUUUGAUCUAUUACAUGAAAUUAGAGAUCACUACAAUGAAGUUUUAAUGCAGCGUUGGGUUCAAGUUUUCAGAGAAAUUCUCGAUGAAGAAAGUUUCCUGCCUAUUAAGGUUACGUCUCAGGAAGAAUAUGACAGUGUCACAGAUUCAUUUCCAUUUUAUGAUCAGAACCUUCAACAAGCAGAUUUUCCUAAAAGGUUUCCGUUCUCAUCCAUGGUACCUAAGGUAUAUCAGCAAGUGAAAGAAUUUAUCUAUGCAUGUCUGAAGUUUUCGGAAGAUCUCAAUUUGAGCCAGGCAGAAGUGAAUGAUAUGAUCCGGAAAUCAACAAACCUCCUGCUCACACGGUCAUUCAGUGGCUGCUUAUCAUCACUCUUCCGGAAACCAAGUCUUGCCCUUCUCCAGGUGAUUCAGAUAAUUAUUGAUACAGGCUAUCUUGAAGAGGCAACUGUUUAUUUGGAGGAAUUUGUCUCUAAUAUUACAGGAUGUGGAAAAGAAGCACAUCUUAGUACUCGUGCUUCUCAAGGCACACAAGGGCAGGCAACUAUGUUCCGUGUUGCACGUGAUGAUGCCGAACGACAGAUAUGUGAAAAACUGAAGCAGAAGCUGGAUGAAUUUCUGGAGCUGGAGAAUUAUGAUUGGAUGUUAGUGGAGCCCCGUGGUCAUGCUUCUAGUUUCAUCACUGAUCUGAUUGCCUUUCUAAACAGUAUUUUCCAAUCCUUCACUAAUCUUCCUCCAGAAGUGGCACAAGUGGCUUGCAAAUCUGCCUGCGAGCACAUAGCAAAAUCCAUAAUGGCUUUUAUGCUGAGUGAUGAUGUGAAGCAGAUAUCAAUGGGUGCACUGCAACAAAUCAACUUGGAUACAAUACAGUGUGAACAAUUUGCAGCAUCAGAACCUGUUCCUGGUCUGGAAGAGGGUGCUCUACUGCAGUACUUUGGAGAUUUACGGCAACUUCUUGACCUCUUUAUGUCGUGGGAUUGGCCUACAUACUUUCAUGACUAUGGUCAAGAGAACAGCAAAUAUCAACGCGUCAGUCCAAACACAGCAGUGCUUUUGCUUGAGAAGUUGCGCGAAGCGGACAAGAAGAAUGUGUUUUCUGUCCUGAAAAAAAGUGAACGGGACAAGAAGAAACUUUUGGAAACUGUCCUGCGUCAACUGAGGCAGUUGGCACAAACAACAGCCACAGCAACAGUGACUGGUGUAGCAGCCUCUCCCACAAUGGCAACAUCAGCAGCCACUGCUGCCUCUUCACCAGCUCCCCCAGUUCUAACAUGAGCUGAGGAAAAAAGCCAUAUGUGUCUGGUUAUGUUUGUAUUAUUCAAGCAACAGAAGUGGCAUUGAAAGGAUUUUAUGUGUGUUCUGCAUAUUUGUGCUGAUAAAUCAUCUCUGCUACUGCUGUAGCUCGGGUGGUGAUUUACAUAUACUUUAAACAUAUUGAGUGUGAGCAAGUUGCUUCUCUGGAUAAAGGAUCCAGGUGGAGUUUCAGUUCCUUUCGAGAACUGAGUGUGCCAGAUUUGUAAGGAAUGUGGUAACAUUUUCCUGAUAAAUAUACUUCCUGUGUGUUGUAAUUUGUAUUACUUUUGUUGUUGCACUGACUCCCUUCUACUGAGCUCAUUGUGAUAACGUUUGUGCUUGUAGAAAAUAAACCCUUGCCAGUUACAAUAAUGCUUCUAAAGCCACUAAGACCCCUCCAACGUAAACAGUGAGUAAAGUAGGAGCAGCUGUAUUGUGACUAUGUGUCCUCAUAAAUGGGUCUACCUUGCAAUUACUCUUUAGAGUUUAUAUAAGCCUCUCUGGUUGCUGGUGACAUACUCCACAAUAAUGGUGCAAUGCAUUGCUUGAAGCAAUGCCUCUGCAAGUAUGGGGAGGAGUCUUAAGAGCAGAAAGAUUUUGAAACUGGAGCAUAGAUACUGCUAAAUAUGAACAUGGGCUAACAACUUAAGUAAAUAAGACAAUGCAUCCAAUGAUUAUUUUAAAAGAAAACAAAAGUUAAAUGAAAAAAAGGAAAAUAAUGAGGAAGUGGGACAAAAACAUAACACACUGUGUAUCCACUUUUCUGCAGCCCUCAUUCCAGCAACAGCAAGUGCAUGCUAUGCUUUGUUUCUCUACUGAGCAUCAAUAGUGAUGGUGUGGAUGUGUUUCAGCAUUAUUUUUCAAAUUAAUUAAUGUGGAACAGAACAGAACAGUAGAGGCACACGGUACGCCUACAUGUAUGACAGAUACAAAUAUGUUUAAGAGCCAUUUCACGUGAGUCAGUAUCCAAAAUAUUAAUUCUGGGAGGGAAAAUCCAGUUGGUAAGGUAGACAACAACCAAAUCCAAUUGGUUACUUGCUGAAUGUGCUGGAUACCAGCUUGGCACUGUACUAUAGUUCAUCCUUACAUAAAAAGAAUAUUCAUUGUCAUGCAAGCUUGUCAAGAUCAGGGCUAAUAUCAAAGAUAUGGAAGAAUGUAUACCCUGCCAUUUUGGGCUAGUGAGUGUUUGCAGGAGAUGUAGAAAUGUCACAUUAACACAGGACGCAUUGUUUCCAGACCAUAACUUCAUCAGACUCCUGUCAUUGUAACCAACUUUCAGAACAAAUAUUCAUUUGACAUUUGCAGGAAAUACUGUUAAAAUUGGUUGUCAGGAAAUGCUAUCAAUUUACUAUUAGUGUAGAUUCUGUAGAUUAGACAGAACAAAACUGUUUGCUUUCUAGGACAGACACAUGGACUUGCUACUUAAAUCUUUGAAGGGAGUUUUGUGUAAGCCCUUGUCUUUAACUUUAAUUUUUGUGACAUUAAUCAGUUAAAUACUGUCAUCACAAGUGUUCUGUUGUUUUAGUCUUGUCUGUUAAAGAUGUUAAUGAAAUUCAAACCCUCUAGGCUGAUUUUGGUUUUCCAUUGAUUCAUGGUGCUGAACAUAUUGUUUCUCUCCUUUAUUAAGUGUGGCACGUUUGUAUGUGCUUUUCCUUUUCAGUUCCAGAACACAGCAUAAAAAUGUGAAACCCAUUGUGUUGUACUAUUUUAUGUUGACAUUCGUGUUAUUGCUUCUGUUUUUGUUAAAGGUUUUUUUUUUCAUUUUUUUUCAACUAUUAUAUUUGAAACCACAAGAUUUGAAAUCCAACUCCCAACUUUUUUAUAGUAUCACCGAAUGAAGAAAGAGUGUAUAAAGGAAAAAUUCAGUUCAAUAUUUAAAUUAACUGUAAUUAAAUUUCAAAAACAUCUCUGCAAUUAAAAAAAAAAAAUUCUGUGAAUCAA